UCCUCGACUUUCCUUGGAAAUCUUAUUUGUAAAGUUGAGUUUUCUUUUAAUCUCAAAAGGCUUUACAUCAAUGGCUGAUACUGGUGGUUCAGCCUCUAAUACGAGGAUGUGGUGUUCGGUUCCUGAAAGGCUCCAGCUGCAUAUGGCAAUGUUGGCCUUGCAGUUUGGUUAUGCAGGGUUCCAUGUAGUUUCCAGAGCUGCUCUUGAUAUGGGCAUUAGCAAACUUGUGUUCCCAGUUUAUAGGAAUAUCAUUGCCUUGCUUCUGCUCUUACCCUUUGCAUAUUUUCUUGAAAAGAAGGAGAGACCAGCCUUGACACUGAAUUUUCUUCUACAGUUCUUCCUACUGGCUCUUGUUGGAAUCACUGCUAAUCAAGGUUUCUACUUGUUGGGGUUAGAUAACACAUCACCAACCUUUGCAUCAGCAAUCCAAAACUCUGUCCCAGCCAUCACCUUUCUCAUGGCAGCCAUACUAAGGAUAGAGAAAGUGCGGCUAGACAGGAAAGAUGGGAUAUCCAAGGUUAUAGGAACAAUAUUAUGUGUGGCUGGAGCAUCAGUUAUAACACUAUACAAAGGUCCAACCAUCUACAGCCCAGUUCCACCGCUGAAUAGACCCACACCAACGUUUGUUUCGUUGGGGGAUGCAAAUGGGAAGAGCUGGACCCUUGGUUGUCUCUAUCUAAUCGGCCAUUGCUUAUCCUGGUCCGGUUGGCUGGUGUUGCAGGCACCCGUGUUGAAGAAGUACCCUGCUAGACUCUCUGUUACUUCCUAUACAUGUUUCUUUGGUCUUAUUCAGUUCCUCAUCAUUGCGCUAGUUUUUGAGAGAGACCCUCAAGCUUGGAUGUUCCACUCCGGCGGUGAACUAUUCACUAUUCUCUACGCGGGAGUGGUGGCAUCAGGGAUUGCAUUCGCAGUACAGAUAUGGUGUAUUGACAGAGGCGGCCCUGUUUUCGUUGCUGUUUAUCAACCUGUUCAGACACUUGUUGUCGCUAUUAUGGCUUCCAUUGCUUUAGGGGAAGAGUUCUAUCUGGGAGGAAUCAUUGGGGCAGUGCUGAUUAUAGUAGGACUAUAUCUAGUACUAUGGGGGAAAAGCGAAGAGAGGAAGUUUGCAGCCAAAGAAAAAAUUGCGAUUGAGUCGACGGCAGAGCAGAGCAACAACAGCAGAACAUCCGGCCAUGUUAAGCCAUCCCUUAAUCAGCCAUUACUCCAUCACUCCACCGAAAAUGUGUAACUCCAAAAGCCCUUUUUAACUUUUUAACAACAAAUGGGCCAGGCACUACCAUUAUGUCACCAAGUUUGUGUGUUUAUGAAUGUGUUUCUUUUUUGUUAAUGGCUGCUUUCUUUCUCCAAGUAGUAGAGAGGGCUUAAAGGAGAAGCUUUUCUGAAGUGAUGAUGAUGAUCCCAUAUGCUUUUUUGUAUGUCGAUUUCUUGGUUUGAUUUUGAGAUUUUCCUUCUUUUAAAUGCAAAUGUAUGGAGUUAAUGGUGAAAAUCAUUAUGAUGUAUGAUGGCAAAAGACAUGCUCUCUUUUUUUCUCAA